AUGGCGCUGUGCAGGCAGAUGUGGCUGGAGGAGUACCGGAGAGUUCCACAUAUGGACCCACAGGAAGCGGAAAAAGCCAGAUGCUGUGGGAAAACCCCACUGUUGCCCACUCUAUACACCACCAAGAAAGCUGCUCCAAAAGCCCUGGGCGUAUUUUUCUCAAAUACAUGGUUACUCCAGAUUGGAUCAGGUUUAUUCCGGGAGGAAAACAGGUUUAUCCCAGAACAAGUAACGGAAACCUGUCCGUUUGGCUGUAACCCAGCAGGAAAAGGAUGUCCUGUCAGGAUGAGUCCGCGUCACGAAGUUGAGCUGCUGCAGGCAUUGCAGCGUGGGCAGGAUCCAGUGACCUUUGAGGACGUGGCUGUGAACUUCAGUCUAGGAGAGUGGGCUCUGCUAGAUUCUUACCAAAAGAAGCUCUACAGAGACGUGAUGAUGGAGACCUUUAUGAACCUGAUCUCCAUAGGGAAGACAGAGGAAGAAAGUAUGGAUGUGGACUACCCAAAGCUCCAGAGAAACCCGAGAAUUCAAGUGGUUGAGAAAUUCUGUGACUAUGAACAUGGUAGUCAGUGUGGAAAGACCCACCAACAGAUGACAGAGCUUACUGUUAAUGGGGAGAGUCAUCUUGCAGUCACAGUCUAUGAAAACAGUGUGAACGUAAAAGACAUCAGUGGUCACUCAUCCUCAGAUGUGCUCCUUAGAGGCCAAAAUGAAGAGAAACCAUACAGAUGUCAGGAACUCAUGGAAAAGGCCAUCAAACAUGAAAAAUGUUGGAAAGAUGUUAUUUGUUCUGAAUCCUUUCAGACACUUGGGAAGGCUCCUGCUACAGAGAACAUUUGUGAAAAUAAACAGACCAAUGAAUCUUACAGGAAUCUCACUUCUCAUCAAGAUUUUCAGAGAACUCACACUGGAGAUGAGCUACAUGAGUGUGGACGAUUUGAGGAAACCUUAAAGGGAGAAAGUUAUAUUCAAAUAUAUGAAAGGAUCCAUACUGGAGAAAAACCAUUUGAGUGUAAGCAGUGUGGAGAAGCCUUUGUUAAUUCCAGUCACUUGACCAAACAUCAGAGAAUUCAUGCAAGAGAGAAAACAUACUCAUGUAGACAUUGUGGUGAAACUUUCCUGUAUUCCAUGGCCCGUCAUAAUCAUGAAAAAACUCACAAAAGAGAACGGAGUUUUAUAUGUAAACAUUGUGGGAAAGCAUGCAUUCAUUCUUAUCAGCUUCUUCAGCAUGAAAGACGUCACACUCGAGAGAAGCGUUAUACAUGUGAUCAAUGUGGCAAAGCAUUUAGACGGUCCUCAAACCUUCACAAGCAUGAAAGAAUUCACAGUGAAAAGAAGCUUUUUGCAUGUAAACAUUGUGGGAAGGCCUUUAUAAGUGCAGGCAACUGUUACAACCACGAACGAAUUCACACAGCAGAGAAAACCUAUGUUUGCAAGCAGUGUGGGAAAGGAUUUAUACUUUCCUCAUACCUUCGAAAACAUGAAAGAAUUCACACUGGAGAGAAGCCCUAUACAUGUAAAUAUUGUGGGAAAGCCUUCACCCAUUCUAGUGCUCAUUACAGGCAUGAAAAAAUUCACACUAGAGAGAAACCAUAUGUAUGUGUAGAGUGUGGGCAGGCAUUCACUUUUUCCAAGUCCCUUCAAAUACAUGAAAGAACUCAUACUACUAGAGAGAAAUUCUACAGGUGUAACGAGUGUGGGAAAGUGUUCACAUAUUUCCUAUACCUUCGAAGGCAUGAAAGAUCUCACAAUGGAAAGAAACCCAUUGGGUAGAACUUGUACCUGUAUAAGCUACGUGUAACUAGUCAACUUGACUUUUGAGAAUAUUUAUUUAUCAUUUAUUUGCUUAUUUGCAUGAGGUUUGGGGCAAGAAUACACUCAAGCCUCAGUGGACAUGCUGGCAGCAGCAGACAGCUUUCGGGAUUCAGUUCUCUUAUUUUCAUUAUGUGAAUUUCAGUGAUGGAGCUCAGAUCCUUGCUUUUUUUAAUGAAUGGCAUUUCUUAAAUAAGUUUUAUAUUUUGUAGUUUUCUGUGUCUACUUUCUCCAAUACAACAAAUAGAUGGGGCUUCAAAGAUGGCUCAAUAGUUGUUUACCUGCUGUGCUUGCAGAAGACCUGGGUUCAGUCCACAGCACCCAUGUGGUCACUCACAGACAUCAGUAACUCCAGUUCCUGGUGAUCUGACACCCUCUUCUGGGCUGUGAACAUUGCAUACACAUACAUGCACGUAAAAUACAUAAGAUAAUAAGCCUUCAAAAGGAUGGGAUACUGGGCAUAAUGUAAACCUUAUAAGUGUAAUUUUCUCCACAUGUGCGAGUGUACAGAGAUGCACACCUGCUCUCGCAUCAGGCACCAUAGUGUAUGCCUUUUAUCCCAACACUGGGGAUAGAGGCUAGAAAAUUACAACACUGAAUAUAGGGAUUUAAGAAAAGACCAUUUCUAACCAAAUAAAAUCGUCACUGUUAAAACAUGAGAAAGCCAGGUGUGCUGACACACACCUUUAAUUUCACCACUUGGAAGGAAGAAUGAAUUAGGCAGGUCUGUCUGAGCUCCAGGCCAGUCAGGGAUACUCAGACUUUGUCUGAAAAAAACAUGGGGGAGGGGAGUUGUUAAACAUAACUACUGUAUCAAGGUCAGCCCAAGCUACAUGAAACUCAGAAAAGGAAUGUUGUGAAGAGGUAAACAGUCUAAAUUUUCUCGGAUAAUUGAAUUUUGCAAAAGUGAGUGCGAAUAUUGUAAGCAAAUUAACAUGUAGAUAAAAUAUUGCUGAAAUGACCUGAAAGAAUUAAGUAAAAGUUAUGCAUGUUUAUAAUAUUUGUCUAUUCUUACUCAAGACUUCUUGACUGUAUAUACUUCUUUUGUCAUUGAAAGUAUAACUUAGUGAAUAAUUGAAGUAUAAUUGCACAUGAUUGUCAUCCCUGCUGUAUUAAAACUGAGACGAGAGUAAACUUGAGCUCAUAUUUGAAGACCAUGAAGACACUACCUUAAAGAGCAAAAACAUAGACUCUUUGAAUUGUGGUUCGUAAUGGAACUUUUGCCAAAUCAAUUGUGUUUCAGCCAGGCAAACAUAUUUUUUACGGGUGGUGGUAAGUCAUGACAAUAUAGCUUUACCCUUUACUG